AGCCAACGAAAUCACCACCACUACUCCGUCCUGGUGCCUUGCCAAGAGUUUGUCAGUGGAUUCCGUCUGAAUGAAAACGGUUUCAUUUACGCUCUGUCUCGCCAUCUCGUCAGCUUGCCAUGCACAACAACCACUGGACGAAAAAAGCGGCACACCAUGUUACUAUAUUGAAAGGUCACACAACUAACUGUGAUAUGCACAAACAUUGACACACUUCCACACACGGUUAUACAUGUAUGUAUAUAGAUAAUAUAUACAUACAUACACGUGGAUAUAUAUAUAUAUAUGGUAUCAUAAAUACACAUGUACACAGCCAUGUGGGUACAUAUAGAUUCCAAAAUAUAUUCACAGAAACACAUGUGUAGGCUUGAUGCAAACAUAUUGAAUUAAAACGCUCUGAGAGAAGGUGGUCUAAGAGAAGGCGUCGGAGGAAAAGAAGGAAAAUAGACAAAUGAAUGAAUCGAAAAGAGAAGAAUAAUAGCUUGCAUAGAAAGUUAAAAAGGGAAAGACAGACGGACGGUCCCAUGUGAAGUUAAGGAUCUAGAUUAUAUGAAGUGGUUUAACUUGUAAGCCUCAGGGAUGACGGAUUAAAAGAGAUGCAAUAAUAUCUUUGCUGUAUCCCCGGAUUAAAUUGGUAAUGUUCAAACUACUGAAGCAGCAGAACAACCCGAGCGCGAGGUCUUCUGUUCGCUUUCUUCGGACUGCAAAAAACAUCAACUAACUCCCUCGAAUCUCCUGUUUCUUAAGAACAAAAAAAAGGUCGCAUUCAUUUACGAAGUGAUAAGAAAGUAAAACUAACAGGGAUGUUAGUAACUGGAAUACCCUUGAUCAUCGGUCUGCUCGAUCGAGGCUGACUUGGGGUUAAAUAAGAACGACAACAGUGUCGAGAAGAAACAUUGAAAUAAUUAUAACAACAAUAAUAAAAAAAACUGAACAACAACAACAACCACAGUAAGAAAUAAACAACGACAACAACAACAACAAAAGUUACAGCGACAUCAUACAGCAGAACUGCAGCGACAAUUAGUACACAAAAUUUUUGAGAUCACUAACAGUAUUCGCCAUAAAAAAAACUACAAUAAAAAUAACAAGUACUACUACUACUACUACUACUACUACUACUACUACUACUACUACUACUACCACCGCUGAUGCUAUCGUACGACCGCAGUAGGAAAAUUCUGUGAGAACCCAAAAGAAUCUUUGAAAAUUUCUCUGACGUCACAUUUAACAGCCAAUUAAUAAAUUUUUCACAACAGCUAUAAAAGAAAAGCAACUAUAGAAGGAUUAACAUUCCGAUAUGAUAUCGCCUGGAUUAAACUGGGAUUACAGUUUAUCCGUUCAGUUAUGUAGAUGAUACGCAAUCUUUUUAUCAGGUUCGUUAUGGUCAGCGGAUUUUUAAGUGCGUUCAUCUACACUCUUCUUAUCGCUUACGACACCCGGCUAUUUAUGGUUGAAGGACGGAUAAUAUCUGUUGGGGAUUUACCAAGCCCCAAUGCAUUCUCUGAGCACAGAUAUGGGGUUCGUGGCAACACCACCAACAGUUGGGGUAAAGUGCAAGUACCUCAGCAAAGAAAAUCCCCAUUAUUGCGCAAAGAAGCACCCCCACCAUCACUCCCACCGUCAAAACCACAACCGAAACCACCACUUCGAAGAGCAUCAAUUGUGAUGAUGUCGUUAGCAAAAACAACAAUACCGCCAUCGCUGCCGCCAUGGCGAAGAUUAUGGUUACAACGGCAUUUGGAAUGGCAAGACAAGUACAUAGCAUCGUUAAUUGGGAUGCAAGGAACUCAACAAAGAAAAUCUCCAUUAUUGCGCAAAGAAGCACCUCCACCAUCAACUCCACCAUCAAAAUUAGAAUCGAAAUCACCGCUUCGAAGAGCAUUACUGCUGACGAUGUUGUUACCAAAAACAACAAUGCCGCCAUGGCGAAAAUUAUGGUUACAACGGCAUCUAGACCUGCAAGACAAGUACAUAGCAUCGUUAAUUAGGGGGCCAUCACGUGUUCGCAAUCGACGAAUCGGCAAGUAUCUUUGGCAAAAGGGCUUCAUUGGUAAUCGCAGUCGACCUUGGAAUCGAAUACAAGAUACGACUAAAAUAGAUGGGGGAGACGGCGGUGGCGUAUCAGAGUACGUUGACCGCGGUCGCGUCAAUGAAAACAACAAAACCCACUUUUCUCUCCAAUCACAACUCACUGGUCAGGAAAGGUCAUCAUCAUCAUCAUCAUCAUCAUUAUUAUCAUCAUCAUCAUCAUUAUCACAGGCUUCAUUCAAUAAUGCUAAGCUGUCUUCAGAAAUCCCUCCCGUGUUAACAACACCAUCACCACAGUCAUCACCUUCGUCGUCGUCGUCGUCAUCAUCAUCAUCAUCACUAUCAUCUCGCUUCUUCCGGUUCCGUUCCUCGACUUCACCGUCCAUGCCUAUAGCAGAUACCACCAACUUAUCGGUGCUCAACUUACUUAGGAAAACGUUUCGAACGGCAAAAUUCCAUGAUCAACGGAAGAAAAGACAUAAAAAUUCCCAGAACCUUUACAGGGACCAAAUGAAGCCUAAAUUACAAAGUAAUCCCGUAAACGCUACUGUACAGUCUUUACUCGCAGACUCCAUCCAAAUUCCCAUUUUACAGACUUUUAAACCUCCACAAUCUCUCCGGAGUCAGCAGACCUAUCCCGUUCAUUUUCAAUUUGCUGGACCGUUGUCUGGUGUCAACAGCCGAAGUGCAAUAAGUGAAUCUUUAGUUUCAAGUCUGGUGCCCUCUCAGAAAUCCCGCAGACACAAAACACAUCUCUCCUCAUUAGCUGAUAACGAAGACAGAUUUGAAAAUAUGGAUUUGUCAAAUCCCUUUGUCGAUAACAACACGAACAGAGACAACAACAACAACAACAACGUUAAUACUUAUAUUAGUAGUAGCAGUAGUAGUAAUAGUAAUAAUAAUAAUAAUAAUAAUAAUAAUAAUAAUAAUAAUAAUGAUGAUGAUGAUGAUGAUGAUGAUGAUGAUGAAAGCAAUAAUAAUAAUAAUAAUAAUAAUAAUAUUGAAAGAGGUGGUAGUGACGAGGGCAACGGUACAAUGAAGACAAAGUCUAUAACUAAUGAUUGGCUACACAAGAUGGAGGACGUAAUCAGUUUCAGACAAGUGGAUGACAACAAGGCAGAAUAUGGGGUGAAAUCCGUGUACAGCGUUGACAAUGUUGGUCAGUACAAGGAUAGAAUAAUUGAUAAGGUCAGUGGUCUGGAGAGCGAAAAUGACAUAGCAAAUACGGAAGGACAGAAAGCUAAGAAAGUUGAUGAUGGAGUAGCAGUGGGGGAAGAGGCGGUCGAGACGGACGCGGAGAGGGUCGAAGAGGAGGAGGAGGAAGAGGAGGAAGAGUGGUGGGAUGAAGAGAAAGAAAGAGAGAAAGAGAAUGAAAAAGUGAAAGAAUGUGAUAAAGAAGCAACUAAAGAAAGAAGUAUUGAGAACAACAAUAACAACAGCAAGAACAUUUUGAGAGAUGUUCAUCAGGAGCAGUUGUCUCCUAAAUCUUUCUCUUCGCGGAUUGUAACUAUUCGGGAUGGAGUGUCAAAAAAACUGCCCCAGGCUAUAAUCAUUGGAGUAAAGAAAGGGGGUACACGAGCCUUGUUGGAAUUUUUACGAUUACACCCGGAUAUUAGAGCACCUGGACCAGAGCCCCAUUUCUUCGACAGACAUUAUACAAAGGGUCUGGAAUGGUACAGGAACCAAAUGCCGGUGACAAUUAAGGGGCAGAUAACCAUGGAGAAAACACCAAGUUAUUUUAUUACGCGAGAUGUUCCUCGUCGAAUCCACAGCAUGUCAAAAGAUGUGAAGUUAAUCGUCGUUGUUCGCGACCCGGUCACCCGUGCAAUUUCUGAUUAUACACAGACUAUGACCAAACGACACACUAUACGGCAAUUCGAACAAAUGGCAUUUGUGAAUAACAGCACUCGGAUUGUGGACACGUCCUGGGGAGCAAUUCGUAUAGGUGUCUACGCUAAACAUCUUCAGUCAUGGUUGAAAUAUUUUCCACUUGAACAAAUGCAUUUUGUAAGCGGGGAGAAACUAAUAUCAGAUCCUGCAGGAGAAAUGACGUUAUUACAAGAUUUUCUCGGACUUAAAAGAGUCAUAAACGAAAAACAUUUUUUCUUUAAUGAAACAAAGGGGUUUCCUUGUCUGAAAAAAGUUGAAGGCAGUGGCCAUCCGCACUGCUUAGGUAAAACUAAAGGACGACAACAUCCAGUUAUAGAUUCACGUGUAAUACAAAGGUUAAGAGAUUUUUAUCGACCAUUUAACACAAAGUUUUAUAGCAUGGCCAAACGGAAUUUUGAAUGGCCUUGAUACAGGUACAUUGCUUUGCUGGGUUGAGUAUGAUUUUCUAAUCGUUGUUCGUUUGUUUAGGAGGAAUAAAUGAAUUUAUGAAGAAAAACAGAACAAAGGUACAAACGAUAAGAGAGAAAAAAAAACACUACAACUUUUUUUCUGUUACUCGUACGUAAACUUCAACUGGAUGUACAAAUGAAGUUGUACUGCUUCUUAUUGAUUUUUCAGAUUAAUAUAAGGAAUAUUAUUUUGUUGAACAUGAAGGGUUCCUAUUCUAAAGAACGAUGAUUUUUGUAUACGCAUACAUCAAUAUAUGCGUACAAAAAGGCGCACAUGCAUAUGUAUGUUUAUAUAAAUAUUUGUUUUAUUGUAUGUAUGCAUAUAUAUAUA